AUAUAUAAUGUAAUAUAGACCACGUCGAGGCACACAACGUACAGGAAGUGGGUACAGGGAAAAAUGGUUCUACAAACUCACAAAGUACCAACGUCGAUCAUCUUCACUCUUAAAACGCUCAUAUUGCUUCUUUGCAUGGGAGUAAUCAAUGUCAAGGCACAAAGGCCGCUUCCUGAUGAUGAAGUUGAAGCCCUUAAAGAAAUAGCCGCAGAGCUGGGGAAGAAGGACUGGAAUUUCCAUGUAGACCCAUGCAGUAAUGACACAAGUUGGGCAACACCAAAUCAGAAAUUGGAGCCAAGAACGUACAAGAAUUCUAUAGAAUGCAAUUGUGCAUACCCUGGUGCUGUAUGUCACGUUGUUGGACUGUCCAUUACAACUAUUCGGAAUGACCUGUGCCGUCUGAAUCGAUCUUUUCCAAGCUUAUAUCUUGAAGGGCAGGAUCUGUCUGGUGUGCUUCCAACAUCCCUGGCAAAGCUGCCUCACAUAAAGAUGAUUGAUUUGUCUCGAAACUAUCUGACUGGUACAAUUCCAUCCCAAUGGACUUCUCUAAUGAUGUUGGAACAUAUGUCCACUUCUGUAAACAAGUUAUCGGGAAGAAUUCCGAGCUACCUGGGAAAAAUUACCACUCUUAGAUAUUUGAACGUAGAGAACAAUCAGUUUUCUGGAACUGUUCCCCCUGAGAUUGGAAAGUUGGUUAACUUGGAGAAUCUUAUUCUCAGUGCCAACUUCCUCACUGGAGAGUUGCCGGUCGAUCUCACUUAUCUCACAAACUUAACUGAACUUAGGAUUAGCAGUAACAACUUCACGGGAAGAAUACCUGAUUUUUUCAAUAGUUGGAAAAAGCUUCAGAAAUUAGAGAUCCAAGCUAGUGGUCUCGCGGGGCCUAUUCCUCCAAGCAUUUCUGUCUUGAGUGAUUUAACUGAGCUAAGAAUUAGUGACUUACUUGGUGAGGGUUCUAUAUUUCCGAACUUAACAAGCAUGACAAACAUGAAUAGAUUGAUGUUAAGGAGCUGCAAUCUUUCUGGACAAAUUCCGCCAUACAUAUUAUCAGAAUCAAUGCCACAACUCGAAACUCUAGAUCUGAGCUUCAAUAGAUUGGAAGGAAAUGUUCCAGAGUUUGAUAUUGAUGAAGGAGAUCAAACAAUGUUGCAACACAUGUUUCUGACAAGCAACUUACUCAGCGGAACACUUCCGGACUGGAUCAAACGAAGUGAUCAUCACCAUGAACUGGAUCUUUCUUACAAUAACUUCUCAGAGAGUUCUAUUCCAUCUUGUCGAGAAACGCUAAAUUUGUUUGAAAGCUUCUCUGGACAGGACUCAUCAGUUGGCGAGUGCCCAAAGUACCCUCGUUGUUCAAAAGACUGUUAUUCAGUGCAUAUAAAUUGCGGUGGAAACGAAGUCAGUAUUGGAGACAUAAAAUACGAAGCAGAUCAGGACCAACCUGCAGGUGCGGCAUACUUUGAUCCCACCAGAGAUCAUCAGAACUGGGGAAUCAGUUCCACUGGAAACUUCUGGGAUGUUAACAUGAUGAGCAACUCGAUGGCAUACAUGGCAAAUAAUACGUCAAUACACAGAAUGAACAGCCCUGAAUUAUACACAAGCGCACGCCUCUCUCCUCUCUCUCUCACAUAUUAUGCGCGUUGCUUGGCAAAUGGAAAUUAUACCGUCACACUACACUUUGCAGAGAUAAUAAUAAGAGGAAACAGAUCUUUUCGAAGUCUUGGAAGACGUAUAUUUGAUGUUUAUAUACAGGAUAAACUGGAGUUGAAGGAUUUUGAUAUCGAAAAUACUACAGGAGGGGUCGACAAAGCUUUAGUUAAGAAAGUUAAAGCAGUUGUGAGUAACAAAGUCUUACAUAUCCGCUUUCAUUGGGCUGGCAAGGGGACAACAGAUGCCCCAACAAAUGGAACAUAUGGUCCUCUCAUAUCGGCUCUCUCUAUAGAAAAUGAUAAUCCCCCUGAUAAUGGCCAAACCACAAUAUUCAUUGUGACUGGAGCUUUAGUGUUGGCGCUAUUACUCAUUUUAGGCAUUCUCUGCUGGAAAGGCUGCAUAGGAAGCAGGAUAUCGAGGGAAAAAGACUUGAGAGGAUUCGAUCUGCAAACAGGUUUUUUCACUUACAGACAAAUCAAAGCUGCCACUAACAACUUUGAUGCUUUAAACAUGAUUGGGGAAGGUGGUUUUGGAUCUGUAUACAAGGGUAUAUUAUUAGAUGGUACCAUAAUUGCAGUUAAGAAACUUUCUUCAAAAUCAAGUCAAGGAAAUCGUGAAUUUGUGAAUGAGAUAGGCAUGAUAUCUAGUUUACAACACCCGAAUGUUGUUAGAUUGUAUGGAGCUUGUGUGGAAGGAAAUCAACUGUUCUUGGUGUAUGAAUACAUGGAAAACAAUAGUCUGGCUCGUCCUUUGUUCGGUCCAGAGCAAUACCAAUUAAAAUUGGACUGGCCUACAAGGCAAAAAAUAUGCGUUGGCAUUGCAAGAGGCCUAGCUUUCUUGCAUGAGGAAUCAACACUGAGAAUUGUUCACAGAGACAUUAAAACUACAAAUGUGCUAUUGGAUUCGAAGCUUAACCCAAAGAUUUCUGACUUUGGUUUGGCCAAGCUCGAUGAAGUGGAAAACACCCAUAUCAGCACUCGAGUUGCUGGAACCAUAGGAUACAUGGCACCAGAAUAUGCAUUAUGGGGUUAUUUAACAUAUAAAGCAGAUGUCUAUAGUUUUGGGGUUGUUUCGUUGGAAAUUGUUGCGGGGAAGAGCAACAUGAAAUUUCGACCAAAUGAAAGUUAUGUUUGUCUUCUUGACUGGGCUCUUGUUCUGCAACAAAAGGGAAAUCUAUUGGAGCUGGUAGAUCCAAAGUUAGGCUUUGAGUUCAACAAGGAGGAGGCAAUUAGAAUGAUCAAAGUAGCUUUACUAUGUACAAAUCCAUCUCCAGCUCUUAGACCCACAAUGUCUGCAGUAGUAAGCAUGCUCGAAGGCCAAACAGCUGUUAAUGAAGUUAUUAUGGAUCCAAGCGUAUAUGGAGACGAAUUCAAGUUUAAAGCUUUAAGAGAGAAGUUCGAUCAGAUCCAGCAUGAAUCGAUGGACUCAAUUGGAGCCGAGAGCCGUAAUCGUUCGUUAUGUGCAACAUGGACGGGAACUUCUUCUACAUCUGCCCAGGAUCUUUAUGAUCCACAUUAUCUUGAUACUCCGUAAUGGUCGCAAAAUAUUUUCUCCCUCGUGCAAAAUGUUUGUUGUAAUAAAUUAGUGACUAUUUGCUUCAGCAAUCCAUAGAGCUAAGGAACAUCUGCUAUUUCAUUAUAACAGAAAAUAUAAAGAUAAACAUAUGUGCAGCUAGCUUGCUAUGUGGAAUCAAGAAAAUAAUAUAUAAUUUUGUUAUUAAGAGAAGCCCAGAAGUUAUAACUUUAUU